GCGCAUGGCACCGCCAACGGUCCGGCGGACCGGAGACAGGUUUGACCUCUCGCAAGACUUAGCCACAGUCACAGCAGACACCACCUUCCUGUACUCAAUUGCAGCCGAACCGCAGAAGGUGAAGAGCUUCGCGAGCACCGUCCAACCUGGGGUGAACUCAGACGGCGAAGUGCCUUCCGAUCUGAAUUUGGCAUUGCUGGUGGAUAGAAGCCUCGAGCUGCCAGGACUGGAGCAUCGCCCCUUCUCAGAUGAAGAGAUCAAGGAGGCUUUUGCAACCUUUGACCUCGACAACAAUCGGUUCGUGGGGGCUGCAGAGUCCGAAUGCCCAGUUGUUCUGAUCUCGCACAUCCUGAAGCUGAUCGGCGAGGAGGAGAUCGACGAAAUGAUUCGGAUGUGCGACACCGAUGGAGAUGGGCAGGUCACGUUUGACGAGUUCUACAAGAUGAUGACAACUCCAGCGGCCACGGCAGAGCUCUCAAAGAACAAGGGCGAUUGGCGUGCGCAGCAGAACGCUGCUGCUGCAGUCUCAGAGAUGGGAAAUGUCAGGGAACUGCUGCUGGUCGAGCAGCUCAUUCACAAGCUUUCUGGUGGAAUGGGCAAGAUCAAGCCUUCGCAGAUCAAAAAGAUCUACAAGCGCUUCGGGGACGGGCUCGUUUCCGUGUUUUUCUUUUGUCAUAGCACAGCCACGCAUGGUUUGUGGUUUUUUGCUUUUGAAUUCUAG